GCAGUGUCGUCAUAGUGUUUGGUUUUCUCGCACACAUCACAACCAUUUUCGGAAGCUUCUAGCACUUUUACUUCUGCCGCUGCUAACUACGCCAUGUCGACCACUGUAGAGGGCGAGGUUCUGCCCGUCGAGCAGCCGCCGACGGAGGUUCCGGCGCCGUUGCCGGUGCCGGUGCCGGUGCCCGCGGCGGAGGAGGAGAAGCCGAAGGAGGAGGCAGAGGCGAAGAAGCCGGCGAAGGAGAGGAAGCCCCGGGCUCCGAGGGAGAAGAAGCAGAGGCCGCCGAAGACCGCCUCGCAUCCUCCCUACUUCCAGAUGAUCAAGGAGGCGGUCCUGGCGCUGAACGAGAAGAGCGGGUCGAGCCCGUACGCGAUCGCCAAGUACAUGGAGGACAAGCACAAGGCCGUGCUCCCCGCCAACUUCAGGAAGAUCCUGGCGCUCCAGCUGAAGAACUCGGCCGCCAAGGGGAAGCUGAUCAAGGUCAAGGCCUCGUACAAGCUGUCCGAGGCGGGCAAGAAGGAGAGCGCCAGGCCCUCGGCGAAGCCGUCGAAGAAGGCGGAGGCUGCCCCCGCUGCCAGGAAGUCCAAGGAGCCGCCCAUGGCCAAGGCGCCGCCCAUGGCCAUGGCGACCACUACUCCCAGGGCCAAGCGGUCGAGGAAGCCGGAGGCGCCGGUCAAGCCGGCGAAGAAGGCCGCGAAGAAGCCGGUGAAGAAGGCAGCGGCUGCGAAGCCGAAGCAGCCCAAGUCUAUCAAGUCGCCUGCUGCGAAGAGGGCCAAGAAGGUAGCUGCUGCUUGAGGCUAUGGGCGACGGGGAGACGGAGAGCGUACUGUAAUUUUGGGCUUUUUGUCUUUUUUGGGUGGGGUAGACGAUGUGAAUGUGAAUAUGGGGUUGAAACGUCGCUCGCGUCUGGUAGUAGUUUCUUCAACUUCUGUCAAUAAAAAUAUGGGUUGAUGAAGAAGAUGGGUUGUACGUAGGGUUAAAAAUAGUUUCUGAUGUUUCAACGAAUGGUCGAUAGCUAAGUCUGAACCUUCGCUUUGA